UGAGGGAGCUAUGGAUGUAUGCUGCACUCUAAUGUAAACAAGGACUAUAGAGAGAGAACAAUGAAAAAGCAGUGAACAGCAAAAACAGUUUCUUUAAAGCACUUCCAAGUUCUCCAAAGUACUCCCACAAAAAAAAAAAAAAAAAAAAAAAAUCCCUUUUUUUCCCCCUUUUUCUUAUUUCAAUUUCAUUUUUUUUUAGCGAGCCUCCAAAAUCAUUCUAUUUAUUGCCAUGUGAGUUGGUUUGGUGUCAUUUAAACCUUGACACAGAGAGAAACAGAGAGAAAACAGUGUUGGGGUGGUUUCAAAGAAAGAGAAAAACACAAGAUAAGAGAGAAGUUGAAAAGUCCUCAAGAAGACGAGUGUUUCUCACAUAAGGGGGUGUUUGGGGGGUGGAUAUUGGCCAAGUAAUGCGCACAGGAGCUAAUACAGUGCACCAGACCUUCACACUAGAGGCUGCUUCAAUCUUGAAGCACUCUCUCAGCUGGGCAAGGAGGAGAGGCCAUGCACAGCUCACUCCCCUCCAUGUCGCCGCCACUUUACUGACCUCGAAAACCAGUGUUCACUUAAGGAGGGCUUGUCUCAAAUCUCAGCCUCACCAAACGCCACAUUAUCCACUCCACUGCAGAGCUCUCGAGCUCAGCUUCAAUGUGGCUCUCAACAGGCUUCCCACAACCCCUUAUCAACACCUCCACACUCAACCCUCGCUCUCCAACGCUCUGAUCGCGGCGCUCAAGAGAGCACAAGCGCACCAGAGAAGGGGCUUCGUUGAACAGAGGCAACAGCAGCCUCUUCUGUCCAUGAAAGUGGAGUUGAAACAGCUCAUUUUGUCCAUCUUAGAUGACCCUAGUGUUAGUAGGGUCCUGAGAGAGGUUGGGUUCUCAAGCAUUGCAGUGAAGAACAAUCUAGAGUCCUAUAGUAGUUUUGAGCCAACCCCAUUUCGCUUUUUCCAUCAAAACAAACACCCAAACAGCCUCAUCACUGAUUCAGCUUCUGUGGAGGAAGAUAUCAAGUUGGUUUUGGAGGUGGUGUUGAGGAAGAAGAGAAGGAACACUGUGAUAGUUGGAGAUUCUGAAGUCAGAACUGAAGGUCUUGUUGAAGAACUAAUGAGUAGAGUGGAGAGAAAAGAAGUUCCAGAGGAAUUGAAAUCAGCCCAUUUGAUCAGAUUUCAGUUUUCAUCGCUACCGUUGAGAUUCAUGAAGAGGGAGGAAGUGGAAAUGAACCUUUUAGACCUGAAAAGGAAGGUGGAUUCCGUUGUAUCAAGAGGAAUGAGAGUCAUUAUAUAUAUAGGAGACUUGAAAUGGACACUUGAUAGGACUGAUUAUGAGAAAGAGGGAGGAGGGUCCUCUGUUUAUAGGGUGGUUGAGCAUUUGGUUGCAGAGAUAGGAAGGUUGGUGUGUGAGUAUAGCAGCAGCUCAAGCACCAUGAAUGUUUGGUUGAUGGGGAUUGCAAGUUAUCAGACUUACAUGAAGUGCCAGAUGAAGCAACCCUCUCUUGAGAUUCAAUGGGCUCUUCAAGCUGUUUCUGUUCCCUCUGGUGGGCUUGGUUUGAGUCUGCAUUCUACCAGUGUACAUGAGUCAAGGAUAAACUUCUCACAGAACCUGUCUCAAAUGCCGGAAACAAAGCCAUUUAUCAACGACGACGAACAAGAUAAACUUGUUUGCUGUGCAGAAUGCACCUCCAAUUAUGAAAAAGAAGCUAGACUAUUCAAAUCAAGCCAUCAUCAAACACCUUCUUCACUGUGCCUAAGCUCUUGUAACACGAAGGAAUUCGACGAAUGUUCAACCCCAUUGCCUUAUUGGCUGCAAUCACACAACAUUAGACCACAGCAAAAGGAUGAUUUGGCAGAGUUGAGGAGAAAAUGGAACAGAAUGUGCCAUAGCUUCCACCAGAUGAAUUCGACUAUGAAACCCGACCAAUGUGUGAAUUCUCUGCCUCGUUUCCAACAUCACGAGUCAUGUCACAAUGGACUAAAUUUCAGUAAUGGCAACCAAAAAUGUCGGUUGACAGAUCCAAACCUGAAUUGUUUCGAGAACACAGAAGCCGGAGAAGUAAAGAUCACGCUUGCAUUCGGCAAUUCUGUGUUCUUAAAUAGAGAAAAGUUUGCAGCACUAGGGAAUGAGAAGAUUGUCCAACAUGGGAAAGUAUGUGAGCUAGAACGAGACGCGUCGUGGCAUUCAGAAGUCGUUCCUUCAAUAAUAGAAGAUUUGAUCAACUCCAGAUCAAUCAAGAAGGAUAGGUGGUUUCUGAUUGAGGGUAAUGACUCGGUAGAAAAAAGAAGAUUGGCUAGUGAAAUUGGAGAAUCGAUGUUUGGGUCUGCUGAUUUUCUGUUGUUCUACAUGAACAUGAAAAAUGGAGAUUAUAGUAGUACAAGCUCUGAAAAUCUCCAAAGUGCCUUGAGGAAUCACGAAAAACUUGUCGUUGUCAUGGAAGAUGUUGAUUUUUCUGAUACCCGGUUGGUAAAAUUUCUCGCGGGUGGAUUUGAAACUGGAAAAUUGGGAGAAUUAAGCAAAGAGGAGGAGAGUUCAUGCCGGGCAAUAUUUAUUCUAACAAAGGGUGAUCCUAAGAGCAAUGAAGGUGACAAGAAAAACCCGAAUUCUGUAAUGCUGAUGAAAUUGCAGGUCACGAUUCCAAAUUUGGGGAGAGACAGCUUGGAUCACAAGAGGAAAGCCGAGUGGGAUUUGGCAGGCAAAGCCAAGAGCCCUAGAAUCGACGAGAGGGACGAGGCCUCUUCGAUUGCUGCUGAUUGUGGGAACAGCGAGAAAGAGUUUACUAGGCAACUGAGCUCCAACACCAUUGAUCUGAACAUCAGACCGGAUCAAGAUGAGGUAAACAGAGGCAGCGUUGGAGAGCUUAGCUCAAUUUCAAGUGAUUAGAGUGGCGAAACUGACAGGAUCGUUGGGUAUUUUAGGUCGUUUAAUUGAAGAGUCGUUACAUUGGGUCUGGGGGUAUAGUUGACAGAUUGUUUUAAAUUGGCGGGAAUGAAAAUACGAGCUUUAGAUCUUGUAUAAUUUAGAAAGACAAGGUUCACUUUGCAAAAUGAAAAUGACCAAAAUGUACCUGUCUAACUGCUCAUGUAGUCAUGUUCCUAAUUCUCUUUUGCUA